ACGGAAGCCAUAUUGUUUUCACAAAACAACGUGUUGCGAUCGCGUUGCGAAUACCAUCGGGUUCAUUCAAUCGUUUCAGCGCGUGAAACGUGCUUAUCUGUUGUGGAUCAGAUAAGAUAACAGGUAUGGUCGUGUUGACAAACUUUCCGCCACCAGCUGAAGGGAUAAGGUGCGAACAAUCAAACACCGAAGUCCACGUGAAGGGAAUAAAAAACCCACAGAGUCGAGUCUUAGGAAAAGGCACGCUUUACAUUGCUGAAAGCCGUCUCUCCUGGGUUGGUGAAGAUGAGAAGGGGUUUUCUCUAGAGUAUCCGUCCAUCUCCCUGCAUGCGGUGUCCAGAGAUCUAUCAGCUUUCUCACAGGAGUGUCUGUACCUGAUGGUGGAGGGAGAUCUGGGAGAGCCAGAGGGACAAAAUGGUCACAGCGGAGCUGAUGAGGAGGAGGAAGAUGAUGAAGGAGAAGAUGAACAGCCAAUUACAGAGUUCAGAUUUGUACCACAGGACAAAGGGCAAUUGGAUGCCAUGUUUGAGGCAAUGUCAGAAUGUCAAGUUUUGCAUCCAGAUCAGGCAGACUCGGACUCUGGGGAGGAUGACUUCUUUGGAGAGGAAGGAGAGGAGGGGAACUCUGCAACUUUACAGCAUCUAGAGUCCAUAUUCUCUGUGGGCACAACAGAAACCAAUGGACAGGCAGGGGAAGAAGCCAUGCAAGAAGAGGAGGAAGAAGACAUGGAGACAGGACAGUUUGAAGAUGCGGACAUUGAUAAAUGA